AUGGCGGGUCGCGCCGAGCCCAGCGGCCCCGCGGCGUGCGGCGGCGGCGCCCCGGGCCUCCUCCCGCUCCUCCUGCUGCUCUUCUCCGCCGCCGCCAUCAUCCCCAGAGGUGACGGUCAGAACUUGGUUACCGAAGACGUGACGGUGGUGGAGGGAGACGUCGCCACCAUCAGCUGCCGCGUCAAGAACAGCGACGACUCGGUGAUUCAGCUCCUGAAUCCCAACAGGCAAACGAUUUAUUUCAGAGAUUUCAGACCGCUGAAGGACAGCAGGUUCCAGCUGGUGAACUUCUCCAACAGCGAGCUCCGGGUGUCCUUGACGAACGUCUCCAUUUCUGAUGAAGGAAGGUACUUCUGCCAGCUCUACACUGAUCCCCCCCAGGAGAUCUAUACCACGAUUACAGUGCUCGUCCCGCCACGCAAUUUGGUAAUUGAUAUCCAGAAAGAAGUCGCCGUUGAGGGAGAAGAGAUCGAGCUGAACUGCACCGCCAUGGCCAGCCGACCAGCCACCACCAUCAGAUGGUUCAAAGGAAACAAGGAGCUAACCGGCAAGUCCGAAGUGGAGCAGUGGUCCGACAUGUACACGGUGACCAGUCAGCUGUUGCUGAAGGUGGGACGGGAGGACGACGGGGUCCCUGUCAUCUGCCUGGUGGAUCACCCUGCUGUCAAAGACUUGCAGACACAGCGUUACCUGGAAGUCAUGUAUAAGCCUCAAGUGCGGGUUUCUCAGAAUUACCCGGUGCAAGGCCUCACGAGAGAAGGGGAGCCGCUCGAACUGACGUGCGCAGCUUUCGGAAAACCACAGCCUACGGACAUGAGGUGGUUAAGAGUAGAUGAUGAGAUGCCUCAACACGUUGUAGUGUCUGGUUCAAACCUUCUCAUUAGUAACCUAAACAAAACAGAUAAUGGUACAUACCGCUGUGAGGCUUCAAACGCGGUGGGGAAAUCACAUGCGGAUUACAUGCUGUUUGUAUACGAUCCCCCCACAACUAUCCCUCCUCCCACAACAACCACCACCACUACCACCACCAUCCCUACCACCAUCACAGACACAACGGCGACGACAGAACCGGCAGUUCACGGCUUUACUCAGUUGCCCAAUUCGGCAGAGGAGCUGGACUAUGGGGAUCUCUCAGAUUCUCGUGCAGGUGAGGAAGGGGCGAUACGGAGCGUGGACCAUGCGGUGGUUGGUGGCGUCGUGGCCGUGGUCGUGUUUGCAAUGCUUUGCCUGCUCAUCAUUUUAGGGCGAUAUUUUGCCAGACAUAAAGGUACAUACUUCACUCACGAAGCCAAAGGAGCGGAUGAUGCGGCCGACGCGGACACAGCCAUCAUCAAUGCAGAAGGAGGACAAAACAACUCCGAAGAGAAGAAAGAGUACUUCAUCUAGAGCAGCCUUGGUUUCUAUGAGGUGUCCAACCGUGGACGGUUACUACUGGCCCUAUUUAAACGCUAAAGAGACAGUGAUAUUGGAAGUUGCAACCAG